AUGUCUCAAUCCCCUUCACCGUCUCUCCGGAAGAGAGGCGGAAAGAAGGAGGCAUCCCCUGGACCCUCAGAUGUCUCCUCUCCUUAUCCCACCAACCAGGGUGCAACCCCCAAGCCUCAGUCAGAAUGGGAUUAUAGGCUGGCCAUAACGGUUCUGACUGUGCUGGCAUUCAUCACCCGGUUCUAUAGGAUCUCAUACCCCGAUGAAGUUGUCUUCGACGAGGUGCACUUCGGAAAAUUCGCCUCGUACUACCUUCAACGCACGUACUUCUUCGAUGUUCACCCUCCAUUUGGCAAGCUUCUCUUCGCGGCGAUGGGCUGGCUCGUCGGUUAUGAUGGCCACUUCUUGUUUGAGAACAUCGGCGACUCGUAUAUCGAUAACAAAGUUCCCUAUGUCGCUCUUCGCGCCUUACCCGCAACGCUCGGCGCCCUAACGGUCCCCGUGGUGUUCUUGAUCAUGUGGGAGUCGGGAUACUCGCUGCCGGCUUGCGUUCUAUCCGCUGGGCUUGUGUUGUUUGACAAUGCGCACAUCGCUGAGGACAGAUUGAUCCUUCUGGAUGCCACCUUGGUCAUCACAAUGGCUCUGAGCAUUCUGUGCUACGUUCGCUUCUACAAGCUGCGCCACGAACCCUUCGGCCGGAAGUGGUGGAAGUGGCUGCUUCUGACGGGUGUGUCUCUCAGCUGCGUCAUCUCUACCAAGUAUGUCGGUGUUUUCACUUUCGUGACCAUCGGCGCUGCGGUCAUGGUCGACUUGUGGAAUCUGUUGGAUAUUCGCCGUCCCGCCGGCGCUCUCAGCAUGCUGGAGUGGACCAAGCACUUCGCAGCCCGUGCCUUUGGCCUUAUCAUUGUGCCUUUCUUCUUCUAUCUAUUCUGGUUCCAGGUCCAUUUCGCCAUCCUGACCCGCUCCGGUCCUGGUGAUGACUUUAUGACCCCUGAAUUCCAGGAAACCCUCAGCGAUAAUGCCCUGGCGGCCGAGUCCAUCGGAAUCCAGUACUAUGACGCUAUCACCAUUCGACACAAGGACACUAAGGUGUUCCUCCACAGUCACUGGGAACGGUACCCGCUUCGCUAUGACGAUGGACGUAUUUCCAGCCAGGGCCAGCAGGUCACGGGAUACCCGUUCAAUGAUACUAACAACCAAUGGCAAAUCAUUCCCACAGUGCCUCUGGAAGACAAUGACGGCCAGGGCCGCAGUGUGAAGAACGGCGACCUCGUCCAGCUGCUUCACUUAGGCACCGACUCGAUCCUACUGACCCAUGAUGUUGCCUCCCCCUUUUAUCCGACCAACCAGGAGUUCACGACUGUGGCCAAGGAUGUGGCCAGUGGCGAGAGACAUAACGAGACCUUGUUCGAGAUCAAGAUUGAGAAUGGCAAGGCCGGUCAGGAAUUUAGAACUUUGUCAAGCCACUUCAAAUUGGUUCAUUUCCCCACCCGAGUGGCUAUGUGGACACACACAACUCCUUUGCCCGAGUGGGGCUUUAAGCAAGCCGAGAUCAACGGUAACAAGAACGUCCUUCAAGCCAGCAACCUGUGGUACGCGGAGUCCAUCGAGUCGCUGGAGGAAGACAGCCCUCGCAGGCAGAAGGAAGAACGCAAAGUGAAACAACUGCCCUUCCUUCGGAAGUACCUGGAGCUUCAGCGCGCCAUGUUCUUCCACAACAAUGCCUUGACCAGCAGCCACCCAUACGCGAGUGAGCCUUUCCAGUGGCCAUUCCUUUUGCGAGGUGUCAGCUUCUGGACCAAGAAUGAUACCCGUGAACAGAUAUAUUUCCUGGUUUGGGGACUUGGUGCUCGUUCCCGCCUGUACAACAGCACUGGCUUCCUCUUCCUCUGCUGGGGAGCCCACUACUUCCCCUUCUGGUUGAUGGGUCGUCAGCGAUUCUUGCAUCACUACCUUCCCGCUCACCUUGCCUCCUGCCUUGUGACGGGUGCUCUGAUUGAGUUCAUUUUCAACCUCCAGCCAGUCCAAGCCGUUGUCGAUAGCGAGGUUGACCCAUCGGGCAAGUCCAAGUCUGUCCGUCCCCGUCAUUUCGUAACGGCCAAGGAACGGAUGAGCCGCAAGUCUCUUGUUGCGGGCUGGAUCGCCGCCAUUUCUAUUCUGGCCAUCACUGUCUGGGGCUUUUGGUUCUAUGCACCCCUGACUUAUGGUACCCCGGGCUUGGACGUUGCUGGUGUAAACGCACGUCGCUGGCUGGGCUAUGACCUCCACUUCGCCAAAUAA